UACCACUAAGGGCUAGACCACUCAUGAUCAUGAUCGUAUGCCGCCUCGAGCACAAUGACAAGGAAGGCCCUCGCUCGGCCCGCAGACCCUGUACGCCAUCCUGGUCGGCAUGGAGGCCCAGCUGGUCUUCACCACGGGGCUCAUGGCCUCCAUGUGGAACGUGAGCGGGCUGGUCAUCUGCGAGGCGGCGCACCGCGCGGCCGACAAGGUCAACUUCCGCUUCCAGGAGGUGCUCCGCAACAAGCUGCAGCUCAACUACCCGCUGAUGGACGACCAGACGGAGCGCGAGCUCAAGUUCUUCGCGCACGCCGCGGCCAGGGCCGACGUGCAGAUGUCGGUGGGCGGAUUCUUCACGCUGCGGAGGGCCACCUUCACCUCGGUGCGGCCGAAAAACACUUUCGCGGUUAUGUCAAACUUCAUUUUUUUUAAAUGUUAAUAUUUCAGAUGGCAUCCUCCGUCAUUUCAUAUCUAAUCGUGCUGCUGCAGUUCCAACAGCCGAGAAACACAUGAAGCAAAAUG